AUGGCAGAUUUCUUUUGUCUUUCAGACGAGGAGCUCAUUCCAGAGGAAGAAGAUAUGCCGUCCUUCAGAUGCAGGCAAAAUGGUAGGACAGGUUCUAACUGCACCAGGUGCCAGAAGAAUUUGUCCCUGCAGACCUCAGUAAAAGUGCUGUAUGCUUUUGUUUUGAUCCUAAUCAUAGCAGUUAUUAUACUGGCAUCAUUAGUGUUUAGGAAAAUGGACUCCAUGUUCAAUGACUUCAGCACAACUCAGUCAUUUUAUGAGAAGAAGAUUGUUUCUGUCCAAGAAGAUAUUCAGGAACUGGAUACAAAAUCUGGCAGUAACUGUUCUUAUUGUCAUGACGCCAACCACUUGGGGCAGGAGAUCAAUAAGCUCCGUGGUGAACUGGAAGAAACGCAGAAGCUUCUCUUAGCCCAAGAAGCACUUUUGGAACAAACAUCCCAAAACCAUCAGGUGCUCACUUCCGUCAACAGCAAAAUCGACAGUGAGAUUGAUAGAGGCAAUUUCUCAUUAAGACAGAUCAAUCAAACACUGGGGCUAUUCCUCUCGCAGGUAAAAGGUUGGCAAACAUCAGCAGCUGAGUUAGGUACAUCGGUUAAAAAUCUGGCUCAAGAACAUUAUGAUAUCACAGCUGCUGUUCAGCAAAUUAAUUUCACUGUUGGUCAGACAUUGGAGUGGAUAAACAUAAUACAAAGAAAGACUGAUGAGGAAACCCUUACACUACAGAAGAUUGUAACUGACUGGCAAAAUUACAGCAAAGUUUUUGGCACUUUUAAGGCUACUUCUGUCAAGACUAUGGAUUUGGUAAGGAAUAUUCAAAGCAGUAUUGGGGCUACUGCACAAAGGAUCAGUAUGAAUACUGAGGUCAUGCAUGAUCUUGCUGUACAAGUCAUGGGACUUCAGAUGCAACUGGAUAAUAUCUCUUCUUUUUUGGAUGACCUUGAAGAAAACAUGCAGGAUCACCAACACCAUUCAACGUAUUUACAAAAUCGAACAGUGGACAGGCUUGUAAGUCUUGAGGGACGAAUGUUUUCUCAUGAAACAGAAAUUAGCACCAUAUUCACAAAUAUUAAUGCUACAGAUAACCAUGUGCAUAGUAUGUUGAAAUACCUUGAUGACGUCCGAAUGUCUUGCACUCUUGGUUUCAACUCACAUGCUGAGGAAUUGUAUUACCUGAACAAGUCUAUAACCCUAAUGGAGGGCACCACUGAUUUGCUAAGAGAAAGGUAUAGCUUAAUGAAUGCACAGCUAAACUUUGAUGUACAAAAUAUAUCUAUGAUUAUGGAGGAAAUGAAACUAGUGGAUGUAAGACAUGGAGAAAUACUACAAAAGGUUACAAUUGUCCAAGGUAAGCCAGGUCUUCCAGGGCCAAGAGGAAUGAAAGGAGAUAUAGGGAUCAAGGGUUCAAUAGGCCUUAGAGGAGAAAAAGGAGAUGCAGGUGAAAUAGGAUCUCCUGGCCCACAAGGUACAAGGGGGCUUCCUGGUGUCAUUGGACCUCAAGGAGAGAGAGGUUCUCUUGGAAUAAAAGGAGUGCAAGGCAUCAAAGGUGAGAAGGGCAACAUGGGCCCACCAGGUUCAAAAGGUCAAAAGGGAAAUAAAGGUGAUGUUGGACCUCUAGGACCAGAUGGACCACCAGGUGCAAAAGGACCACCAGGGCUCCAGGGAAAGCCAGGGCUUCGGGGAAUAAUAGGGUUUCCAGGAAAAGAUGGAGCACCAGGAGAAAAGGGUGAACCAGGAAUUCCAGGACCUCGUGGCUUACCUGGUCAACGUGGACCACCAGGGCCAUCUGCCAUCUGAAGAAAAUGUUUUUUGAGUGAAUAGACUUUUCAAACUUGGAGAAAGAGAAAACCAUUUUGAAUGUACUGGAUUUUUUUUCACAUUAUCCUAAAGAUAUAUAUUUUCUUAUGCAAAUUUAAACCACAAGUGACAUAUCCUGGAAGCCACCAGAUUAUUGACAUCAGUAAAAAGCUUCUGAAGAGCUUUUUAUUCUUCUCUGGGUUUAAAUGUAGACCAAAACAUUUAACUAGAUGAGUUCAACACCAAACUUAUCAUAUAUUUCUUAAUGGUUUAUACCUACUAUUUCACAUAUAAUAAAUAUUGUACACAUUGUGUUUUUAGGUUGGGAAUGCUCUCCAUCACCUAUUGCAAGGGAAUGUAGCUCAAGACCAAGUGUAAUGUAAUCAUGCUAUAGCACCUGCCAAGUAACAGGCUCUGGAAGAACAAAUGAUUCCAUUUUAAAAAUGAAAAAUAUUGACUUUUCCGGGGACAAUAGGACCAGUCCCUGAAAACAGGGAAAAUCUUGCUAAAAGGGAAUUUGGUCACCCUUUUUAAUUCAUCUCUCUGUAUGAAAACUGGAGGCAUCAAUAUAUUUCUGUUUUCUCUACUGAUUGCUGGUCAAUCAGAGACACAUGGGGUUGGGUAUUAUCAUUGCACAGGGGACAAUGUGUCCGAGAUUAAACAAGAAAGGAGGAUUGAGAAAUAUACUUUAUAGAGACAGAGAAAGUAAGACACUAGAGGGAGAGGAUUGACAGAAUGGAAGAAGAGAAAAUAAAGAUUUACUUUGGAGAGCAAGGUAUGAGCCUUUGUAGGUCUUAGAAAAAAGAAGCCAAGAAGAAAGACAUUUAGCCUGAAAAAUAAAUUCUGAGAGGAGGGUAAUGUGGUUGAAAGUAUGGAACAAACAAAACAAUUUGAGGUUGAUGGAGGAGAAAGCAAAAAUUAAGGAAGAAUACUAAUAUGAUAAGGGAGAGAUGUGACCCAUCAGCAGAAGACAUGGGACCAGGAAUAGAGUAGAAUAUUAAGCUUUUGUUAAUAAAAAUGAAUGUAAUGUUUCUAAUGGAUUAUCUCUAGAAUUGUUGAUUUAAGGAAAAUGUACAGUUUUUAGGAAUAACUUUUAUGAUACUAAUACAUUAUCUGCAUUGAGAUACCAAUUAACCAUUUAUCUGGCAGAGAGGGGCAACGCACUGCAUAGCAAAUAAGGGGUUAAACAGAAGACUACACAAUAAAUCACUAGUGGCCAUAGCAUUAAAUGCAUGAGCUGACUGACCUUCAAACUAAACUACUUUUUCUAGUAAUCUGCUUUUCAUUUUCCUUGCGUAGUGAAUAAUUAAAAUGAAUGUUUCCUUAUAGCAACCAUGUUACAUUAAGAAAACUAGAAAUACAUUACAGAACAGUGUAGCAGGUAAAUAUUUAAAGGACCAAAUACAAAAUUCAAAGUGGAAUUAAGGUUACAUGUUGUGCCUUGUACGCAAAACAAUGAAAUCAGCAUUGCUUCCUUUAAAGAGAUACAGGAGUGAAUAUUGUAACUACAACAAGUAGAGUGUAUUUAAAUAAGUAGCAACAGGGUUUUUUUAACUUAAAAGUAGAAUAAAUCCUUUUUAACUUAUGCAAAUGAAGGUUUUAAGCCCUACCCCGUAACUGAAUGCUGGAGAACUGUAUCCUGAAAAUAUUCUAUGCACCUGACCGUUAAAAAAUGAGCACUGUGUGAGCAGGGGUAGGACAAUAUCACCAUCAUUUUCCUGUCAGUGGACAAAAGUUACCACUCAGAAGAGAAAAGGUUACUAGGAAAAAAACGUAUAUCUAACUCAUCUUAAAUGUCUUUCUCUGAAUAGUGGAAAUUUUCAGACCUGAUAGCACUUAAUAGCACCACUAACUGAAAAUAUUGCACAUUGGCAAUACUGAACUGAGCAUACAUGCAGGCUUUCUCAUUAACUACAGCUUAUGUGUUGCUAUGAGCUCUCCUCUUAACUAACUAUGUACUCGUUUUGUGAGCAUGCUAUUAGGAUACUUGUUCACAUGUUUUUGCAACAAAUGAAUUGUUUCUUUAAAACAAAAAUGCAUAGAUUUUUAAAAUCUGAAUGUUUUAAACUUUUUAAUUAUAAAAAAAUAAUGAAGUAAUGAUUGUUAAUUGACAUUUCCCCCUGGUUUGUCUGCACCAGAAGAUAUGCACCUGAGCAGCUGUCCUAAAAAAAUAUAUAGUGCCAGGCUUUUCUUUAUGGCUCCACUGUGACGGCCAUCUUGGAAAUCCUUCCACCAUAUUUGUAAAGGCAAAUCCAUACACUUUCCUUAUACUUUAAUUCCUGAUAUGCAGGGGGGACGCACACAGAGUGGCCAUGCAUGAUACAGAUGGGGCCCGGGCCCCACCAGUCUCCCCUGUAGCAAAGAGACUACUGAAUACAGUGCCAGAUGGCCCCCUAGAGGUGCAGGCCAGGCCUCAAUUGAGACCUCUGAGAUGGUAACAUAAAAUAUUUAAUUAUGCCUAGUAAAAAAUAUUUCAUUAUUUUUUCUGCCACCUUUCCUGUAAUUUGUCUGAAAAAUAACCCAGAGCUUUAACCCCUUAAUGACCGUGAAGUACCCUGAACCUAACAGGUCAUUAUGGGUUUGCUUGUUUGCUGUGAGUGGCAAGACCACACUAUUAGACCCUCCCUCCCUCCUGCCGCUGGCAGUGAGACCGUGCUAUAACAGACUCCCAUAGAAAGACAAGUGACGCACAGGGUACAUUGCUGGUCUUUAAGGGGUUAAAAGCCUUCCCUGUUAAAUAGUGUGUCUUUUUCAAUAACAAUUUUUUUUAAAUAAUUAAAAUACACACUUUUUUAAGGAGGUUUCUAAGCUUUUCAUUAAAGAGACAUAAACCCCCCAAAACCUUUAUUUUAAAGCUCAGACUCCCCUUUUCAAAAUAAGAUUUAAAAACCAGACGGUCACUGUGGUAAUACUGCUGUGAAAAAAUGUGCAUUUAUUUCAGUAAAGGUUCAUGGGAACCCCUAUGUUAUAUAACAGUAUUCAGAGGCCCUUAUUUAUAUUAGGUUAUCCCUUCUUCUUUUUACUAUAAAGUUAAAACACACAUUAUUGUUUAGAACAUUAGUUCGCAAACCUUUUCAGAUCAUUGCCAUGACAAGGCAUGUACAUUUGAGUAUUCGGAAGCAACCAACGUGGAAUAUCAUGGCCGCCAGCAACAUUUAACUAUUUUCUGAGCUGUAUGUCGUCUUCUGAAAGUGCAACACAUUAAAAUCUGUGCAAAUCCAGAUCUUAGUGUGUUGCUCUUUCACAAGAACAAAUCCAGCUCAGAAAACAGACAUAUACCCCUGGCGGACAGUAUAUUCCGCUUUGGUUUGCUUCCGAAUAGUCCCGAUGCACAUGUCUAUUCUAAUAACAACACAAAAUAUCAAACAUAAACUCGCUGGAGCUGUAGUCAUGCAAAGUAUAUCGUUUAUUCGGCUGUACCAAAUAAGGAUAAAAGGUUACAAACAGGAGCGCCUGACAUGUUUCAUGCAUGCGCUUCGUCAAAGGCUGAAACACCAUUUACUUAAUAAUUACUCUGUCUUCUUAUGAACGCAUGGUUCUUGGUACUGAAUUGUUUUUUUUUGUUUUCAUUAAUAACACAACCCAAUCUAAAGGAUUAACAAUUAAACAUAUUCAAAUUUUAAAAGAAAUGUUUUAAUUGUUUUAAAACUGUAUUAUCUUUAUCUUCUGAUACCAGCUUUUUAAAGUUGAUAGUGACUGUUCAGGUGUCUUAUAAACCCCAUUUAGUAAUUACUUAAAGGGACAGACUACUUUGAUUUUUUUUUUAAUUGUUUAAAAAGAUAGAUAACCCAUUUACUAACUCAGGUUUGCUUAACCAACAUUGUUAUAUUAAUAUAAUUUAGCACUUAAGCCUGUUUCUAAACCCCUAGAAGACACCCCUUAUCUCUUUUUCUCUGCUUUUUUUUCCCAAUCACUACAGCCAGACAGUGCUAAGUCAUGUGUGCCUUAUAGAUAACAUUGUGCUCACUCCCAAUGCAUGAUGAUGAUAAUGGGUUCCCAAGAACCAGUACUAACUGGCUAAAAUGCAAAAUUUUAAAAAGCACUGAGAUAAGGGACAGUCUGCAGGGGCUUAGAUACAAGUAAUCAUAGUGUUAAAAAGCAUAUACAUUUAAAAGUGUUGGUUAUGUUAAACUUGGAUGGGCUUAAUAAAGUUAUACCAGUUUCAUGUCUCUUUGCAGCAGUCUUAAAUUGCCAUAGUCGGAGAUCUGGAGUUUAUUUCUUUGUUUGGAGUAUAUUUGUAAUAUUGCACAAAUAAAUCAUCUUAAUAGAAAGUGUAUCCUACUUACCAAACUGUUAUGCAGUGCACCACCAGGUUUUUUCUGAUGACAGAAAAGCUAAAAACCUUAGAUGGUUGACUGUGUACAAAGCUACUCAGACAAGCACAACAGGCCUUUGCUGUGUUUCCUGCUACUACACAACGAUUCUAAACUAAAUUAAUGUUAAUAAUUCAUGUUAAUGUACAGCACUGGCAAAACAAAGAAUACAAACCUACAGUAAAAGUGGUUGCAAUUUUUUUUAGUGAGAGGAAAAAAAAGUUGCUAAUAAACCUGAACUAUCACAGAUGAAAUAGCCUUGAUGAAGCAUUGGCAAAGAGAAGUAAAACUUCAAAUACACAGCUAGAAAGUUGUUUUGCUUUGCGCACCUAGGAUAAAACACAACAAAUUAUAAUUUUUAUAUUUAUAUUUAGAGGGGCCCACUUGCACCUCUUCCAAUUAUUUUCUAUUAGUGCCCCCUAUUUUAAUCCCAGUGCCCCCUUUCAUCUCUUAUGCCUAUUAGUGGCCCCCUGAGUGAUCCCACUGCCCACCCCAGACAGCAUCGCCGACUUUAGGAACCACUGGUUUAAAACCUUGUUUAUUAAGUGUGCAUUUUUUUACACUUGUUUUGAAGAUGGUUAACAUCAUGAUUACAUAAAAUAAUGGCAUAGUUAGAAUCUGCCAUUGCUUUGAUGUCCUCAAGCAAUUUAAAAUUAAUGCCUAAUUAUGUUCAAAUUUUGAUACAAUAAGUAAUUUUAUUAAAAGCUCAUCCUCACGAAUUAUUUAAAAUUUUACUUCAAAUUUUGUCCAACAAAAGUGGUAGCUAUUCAACUGGGAACAAGACCAGUUUUCAGCUUAUUCUCUGUUAUAUUAUCUAUGUGCAGCCUGUGUUUACUUGAUUGGACCUAUCAGAGAUGGGAACCUUCAACAAGUCUUAUCAUGUUGGUCCAAUACAGUAGGGCAGUUUAACCCCUAAAUACUGACAAUUCUCCUUUGAAUGUUCCUUUAAUAGAUUGUGAUACCUGUUAAUGGACCAACAAAAUAAAGUUGUUGUUUUUUAUUCAAUAACAUUUCAUGACCUCAUAGGUCUCUUGUUCAGAUGUAGAUAAUAGCUGUCUGACAAGGAGAGGCUUAUAUAUCAUGUACAUAUAAUAAUAAUAAUAAUAAUAGUAAUAAUAAUAGUAAUGAUAAUAAUAAAAGGCAGUUUAAUUGAAUUUAUACAUCCUUUUGUAUUUGGAUUUACACCUCAUUUUGUGUAGUGUAGGGGGAACAAAAUAACCACUACACAAAAGGAUGAACCAUCACAGACACUGCAUGUACCACCCAGAUCAAGAAACCCCAGUGGGUAAACAAAUACCCUUGUCCGAAAACUCCAGACUUCUGCCUUGAAUUUAGACUCUGGCUUUAUGACACACUAUGAGUAGGUGUGAAACUAUAAAAUAUCCUAGCCAUUCAGCCUACAGUUUUCACACCUCCAUAUCUGCCUACUACAUCUGAAGGUAACAUUCAUGGGAAACUAUUGAUAAGGACUAACUUUGUAUCCCAUUAUCUGGGAACUGACCUUUUAUAUUAUAUGUACAAAAUAAAUAUGUCAGGCAGCUUUUAUCUACAUGUGAAGAAGAGACCUGUGAGGUUUUGAAAGUUUAUGGAAUAAAAAAAAAACAACUUGAUUUUGCUAGUUUAUUAAAAGGUAUUAAAAGGUAUCACAAUCAACUAAAGGAACAUUCUCUGCGGGACCAAUAUAUCAAAAACCUCUUUUCAGUUAAUUUUCCUUUGAAUGAUUAGUACAGAUAACACUACAUUUUUUUGUUUACUUCCAAACUGCUGUGAACAAAUUAUGGAAUAUUAAUCAUCUUUACAAGUGACCCAUUCCAUUUAAGUAAAUUGUACUUUAAAAUGUUCUAUCAUUAUAUGAAUAUACAUUGCACAUAUUUAAUUUAUAUUUCCUUUUUCUUUGCAUGACAACAUGUGAAGUGAAGGCUAUUUAAAGGGACACUUAAGUUAAAAUUAAACUUUCAUUAUUCAGAUAGAGCAGCAAUUUUAAACAACUUUCCAAUUUACUUCCAUUAACAAAAUGUGCACAGUCUUUUUAUAUUUAAACUUUUUGAGUCACUAGCUCCUACUGAGCAUGUGCAAGAAUUCCGUAAACGUAUAUGCAUUUGUGAUUGGCUGAUGACUGUCAAAUGGUACGUGUAUGUAUUUGUGAUUGGCUGAUGGCUGUCACAUGGUACAGUUGGAGUGAAAGUAGACAUUAUGCAAAUCUACUGUGUUUACUGGUUCUUUAAAUUUAAAUUGAAACUAACACAGCAGUAUCAUUAGUAUACUUCCUACAAGUGCCCAUUGACUGAUAUGCACUUCCUGCUAAUACAUUGGCUGACUAGCACGUCCUGCUAAUGCCCAUUUGAGCAUUUAGUAAGAAGUAUCUGUAAGUCAAUGAACAUAAGUAGAAAGUGUACAUAUGGUAUUUAUAUUUUAGCUUCAGUUUACAUUUAAACAGUUUUUACUUCAUAUGUAUUAUGGCAAAAUAUAAUGCUAGAUACAGUAGAUAUAAAAAGUCUACACACCCUUAUGAAAUUGCAGGUCUUUGAAAUGUAGACAGAAAUAAUAACAAUGUAAUGUCUAACUGUAAUGUGAUCUUCCAACAAACAAAAAAUCCACCAAAAAAACUAAACAAAACAAAAAAAGUUAAUUAUUAGGAACAUUUUAAAUAAAAACUACAUAACAAUGAUUGCAUAAGUCUGCACAUAAAUAAUGAAUUAUUCUGAUUAAACAAAGAUUAAAGUCAGCUGUUGCUGUAGCAUUUGCUUGAAUGUUUAGGGUUGCAUCCUACUGGGAGAACCAUGGUCCAUGAAUAGUUACCAAAGAAACUGAAAGUGCUAAUAUUGUUAAAAAGUAUCAGUAGAGGGAUAUAAUAAGAAUAUCAAAGGCACUAGAUGUACCAAGGAACACCGUCAAAACCAUCAUCAAAAAGUGGAGAAAACCUGGAAAAACAGAGACAUUGCCAAAAUCAGGACGACCUAACAUAGUUGAUGAGAGGAUGAGGAGAAAACUUAGGGUGGUCACCAAGAGGCCAGCAGCAACACUGAAAGAGCUAAAUUUAUUUCUUGCAGGUGCCGGUCACUCCUUGCAUGAGACCACCAUCUCUUGUAUUCUACACGUCUUAUGCAGUAGGGUGGCAAGACAGAAACUCUUUAUUACAAAAAGAAACACCCAAGCCUGUUUAGAUUAUGCCAAAAGAUUCCUUCACCCCAAACCAUGUGGGAACAUGUGCUAUGGUCUGCCUAGACAAAGGUUUAACUUUUCAGCCUAAAUUGUAGGCUUGUACAUUUGUUUCAUUAUGAAUACAAAUUCGUAAUGAAAAUUUGCAUAUUUAUUUCAUUUUACCAAAAUGAAUAUCUGAAUGAAUGCACUAAUUGAAAGAAUAAAGAAUAUAAUUCAUUAGUAUGUUUGUUAUUCUUUAAAAUUAUAUGUAUACUUACCUGUAGCGUGCUGGGAAGCCUUGCUAAUCCUAUUCUUUUUCAUAGACUCCAGGGCUGUGCUAAUAGGGACAUUAGUAAGGCGGAUCCUAUAGCACAUGCGGGGGAUCACGCUAAUCCGCACUUCUUCACAGAGUCCAGGGCUGUGCUAAUAGGAUAAUUAGGCACUGGUGUCUGUAAAGAAGCGUUGGAUUAGUGGUCCCCCAUCUGUGCUAAAGAAGAAGGUCCUUUAGCGCUGGUUCUGUGAUAUGCUGUACUAAUAUUCUGAUUAGCGAGGCUCCUCAGCAGGCUAUAGGUCAGUAUCCAAAGGUGACACUGUGCUACCUGCAGCAAGAUCACAUUUACAUUUGUUCUUAAGAAAAAAAUAUGUAAAUGUUAGUGUAUAUUAAGUAUUUGCUAUGUUUUAAGCAAAACGAAUACUGAAUAGUGCAGCACACGAAUAUUCUGAAAAACUAGUUAUUCAGUGCUGCGUAAGUCUACUAAAUUGUAAAAGAUAUAUUUGGUGCAAAGCCGAUAAAGCUCAUCAUCCAAGGAACACAAUGCCAACUUUGAAGCAUGGUAGUACCAGUAUUAUGCUUUGGGGCUGCUUUUCCUCAGGGGGUCAGGGGCUCUAGUCAAGAUAGAUGGGAUAGUGAAUAGCUCCAAAUAUAAAGAUAUUUGUCACAAAACCUGUUGGCCUCUGUCAGAAAAAUGAAGAGGAAUUUCAGAUUCCAACAUGAUAAUGACCCAAAAGCUUACAUUCAAAUUGACCAAGGCAUGGCUUCAGAAAAAGAAAAUCAAAGUCUUGGAAUGGCCCAGUCAGAGCUCAGACCUCAAUCCUAUCAAAAUCCUGUGGAAUGAACUAAAGAGAGCAGUACACAGAAGAUCCCAUCACAAUCUGAAGGAAACUUGACUUGUUUGUAAAGAAGAGAGGGAUAAAAUUCCAAAGUCUGGAUGUGCAAAGUUAAUAGAGACUUAUUCACAAAAACUUGCUGCUGUAAAAAAUGCAAAAGGUGAUUCCACAACGUAUUAGUUGAGUGGUGUGCGGACUCAGGGUGGUGUAAUUUUUGUAAUUUAUUUUUAUUAUUAUUUAAAAUGAUCCUAAUAAUUCCUAAUAAUGAACUAUUUGUUCAUUGUCUUUACAUUUCAAAAACCUGCAAUUUCAUAAGGGUGUGUAGACUUUUUUUUUAUCCACUGUACAAUGAAGUACCCAAAGCAAACAUUAGGCUGAGGAUAAGACAUUUAUGUAUUUUUUAAAAUUAUAUUAAUUACAUUUAUUUUUUAUUUAUCACAUUAUGGUUUUUUUUAGUAGACAACCCAAGGUAUUGAUCUAGGCCCAUUUUGGUAUAUUUCAUGCUACUUUUUUUUCACAUGCAAAUACGAUCAUAUAAAAAAAAAUGAUUAACUUUUUCAAAAGCCUUUGUGUUCUCCCUGAAAUUAUUUACAUACUGCUUGUGCAUUCACAACACAAAUGGUUGUAAAAACUUCUCUGGGAUAACCUUUAUUCAGAAAUAGAAGACAUGCUUGGCUUUGCCAUUGCUUUUUGAUAAUUAGAAGGCUUAUAAUUGCGCCUGCAAACCACAUUUCUGAAAUUCCCAGCAGUGAAGGGGUUAAUCAUGGUAGCUUGUAAGGUUAAUUUUAUAUGCAGUGUAGAGAUUACCCUCUCCCUCCUGAUCCCUCCCAAGAGCUCUCUUUCCUCCUUCAACCCCUACUGGCCACCAACAUCUAAGGUACUGGCAGACAGUCUUACAGUGCAGGUUAAGGGUUUUUUUUAUUCUUUUUUUUACUGUUGGGAUCCCUCCUUAACCCUCCCAUCUCCCUGAUUCCUCCCAAAAAGGUCUCUAACCCUCACCCAUCACUCUAGAAGCUGUCUGCCAGUACCCAUUUUAUAGUAAUUUUAUUUACUUUUCCCCCCCAUUAUUUCUUAAUAAAAAUAUUUUUCUGUAGUGUAGGGAACCCCCUCCAAGUGAGCAUUCCUACGGACCCCCUUCCUCCCUGUCAUUACUAUUUUCUGUAGCAUAGAGAACCCUCCCUCCCCUCCCUCAUCAAAUCCUUUAUCUGCAGAGUUGGGAACUCUGCCCUUCAUCCCCCUCCUGCAAUGUACCGCCCGCCGCCUCUAUCCUUCCCUCCCACACCCUCUAUGUUAUCACCGCAAGCCGAUACAGACAGUGACACUGAGUGUUAGUGUCUGUAUCGGUUAUCUGCCUUUAUAGGCUAAAGGAAGAAAAAUCAGUUCUUCCUUACCAUAUGAAGUCAGAUGCCUUUUGCCUCUGGCUGCAAACUUUGCUGACCACAGCAUGAGUCAGAAGGUUGGAUGUAGGGGCUACAUCAACAGGGCAUGCUAGGCAAAGUACUCUGUGACAUAGUACCUAUGUCAAAAUGGCUUAAGGGGUUAAAGUAUCUCUAACAUUGCUGUGUUCUACACUGAAAUUGCCCUGAAUCAUCCAUAGCAGAAUAGAUAUGAUAAAGAAAACCUAGGUUUCAACAUUGCAACGCCCAUUACAUUAUAGACACUCAGGGAAAUUAUAAAGCUCAUAAUUUCACAAGAAAAUUGUGACAGAAUAAAUACUGAAAGUAUAUUUCAAAGUGUUCCUACUAUACAAUAAUAAACAUUUUAUAUUACAAUCUCAAAGUGUAUAAUGUCCCUUUAAAUGCUACUCUUCCAUAUAGAUAAAAUAUUUUAAGUACAAUGUCCCUUUAAAGAUUCCUGUGAAAAAAGUCUUAUUCAUCUCAUAUUCACUAUCAUCCCUAACCCCUAAUUCUAACAACUGAUAAUGUCCAUAAAUUAACACUUUCAAUAACAAUAACCAAACCUUGUCAACAAGAUCACUCUGUCAUGACUUGCACUUUUGGGUGGUACCCUUAUGACAUUAUCCUUUAUCCAUUUUUGAUACCUAUAUAUGGUUAAUUCUGCCAUAGUCUUUGUUAUUUUGAAAGUGUCUUGUUAUCUAAAAUACUUCACACUAAGCAUCAUAUUUUUGAAUAAAUAUGUCAUGAUUGUUGUGCUAUAAAUUUAUUAUUAAAAAGUAAAUGUUUCUUUAUCUGCUGAAACUAUGUAGCUGUUAUUCUUUUUUGUUUAUCAUAACAUUCCUAUUGCACAACUCUUCCUGUUUUAUAACUGCCAGCAUGUCCCUACUCCAUAUGCUCAAUAUCAUUGUUAAUUAAACUAUCUGAACUCCCAUAUAUGGAAUAUGCCAGGCAGAAAUGUUAUAAUAUUGUCAUUAAGAUAAACAGUGUUUGUAAGAUUUAUUAGAUCCAGAUUAUAUUCAAUAAAUAAGCUACAUGUGCACUGUUAUUGCAGCAAUCUUACAGGGAGACUUAAUACCUUGUGUUUCUUGGGUUUACUGUAUAUGUGCAACUGGUUUGCACACAAUGUACUGAGGAUAUUGUUGUAGUAUAUGACCUGAUGCUCUGAUAUCUACAAGUAAUAUCAAUGUACUCACAGAAUAAAUAAAUAUAACUUUGCUAUAAAAAA